UAACGUACGCAGCGUAGUAGUGGGACCGACGACGCUCCUCGUCGGUAUAUAUAUAUAUAUUUUCUAAUAUCGUUCUGCACACGAUCCACCACGCCGGCUCGGUGUCGCACAUUCGUUCUUCGUCUCUCGUCUGCAGCAGUUGCCCGCCCACCUCUACCUGCCUUCGAAUACCGCGGUGGAAUAGUACCCGAGUACACGCGUACACUAUUUAAAUAAUUAUAUACGUUUUCGCAGUCGUCGUCGUUCGAUUUUAUUUCACUUUCCCGGGCCCGCCACCAUGGAAGCUUUCAUGAACAAAAAAUACAAGUUGAGCUCCAGCGAAAAGUUCGACGAGUACAUGAAAGCUUUGGGUGUUGGAAUGAUGACCCGCAAAUUGGGUAAUACCGUAUCUCCGGUGGUGGAGCUGACCAAAAGCGAUGACGGCAAAUUUGUGUUGUCGUCGAACUCGACGUUCAAAAACUCGUCGAUUGCGUUCAAACUCAAUGAAGAAUUCGACGAAGAGACACCCGACGGCCGCAAAGUGAAGUCAACCAUCAUCCAGGACGGAAACAAGCUGGUGCACACCCAAAAAUGCGACAAACACAACGACACCACGAUCGUUAGAGAAUUCGAGCCCGAACAAUUGAAAAUGGUCCUGACUGUCGAUGACAUCACUUGCACCAGGAUCUACAAACCAGUCCAAUAAAUAUAAUUUAUUACAAUAUGUAUAUUAUUGUUUAUUCUACUAUUUAAUUACUAUAUAAUUCAGAUCUUUUGCAACUUAUCCGAAAUUUGGCCUACUUUAUAUUUAUUAUAAUGUGAACAUGUGAUUAAUGAUAUAAUUACACGAACUAUAUUUAUUUAAUUUUAA